UCAUUUGGAUCCACAACUCAUUAUUCUAUCAUGACGCCAAACUGGAACACACCGAAUAAUUAUAUCUAUAUAUCUAACUUUUAUAGUACUACCAAAAAAAGAAUCUAAAAAACACUUUUCAUUACUGUCUCGUCCUCUCCGCAAAAAUAACAUCCAAAAAGGCUAAUUACAGCGGAUAUGCAGGGGUGCAGGAUUUUCAUUUGAAGGAGAGGCAGGGUACGAGAAAGUAUUGAACUUGUAGAGGGUUACACAGGGUAUUGCUAACAAUGGCUUUCAAGCCAUUGGAUUGGUAUUGCCAGCCAGUGGCAAAUGGUGUGUGGUCGAAGGCUGUGGAAAAUGCCUUUGGAGCUUAUACCCCAUGUGGAACAAACACGCUGGUUAUCUCUGUUUCUCAUCUAGUCCUUUUGGCCUUGUGCUUAUACCGGUUAUGGAAAAUGACGAAAGAUCUCUCAGUCCAAAGGUUCCAAUUGAGAUCAAAUUACUAUAACUACAUGCUGGGUCUUUUAGCUGCUUGUUGCGCUGCUGAGCCCUUGUUUAGAUUGGUCAUGGGAAUGUCAGCCUUGAACGUAGAUGGACAGCCUGGUCUUGCCCCAUACGAGAUAAUUUCUUUGACUAUCGAGGUUCUUGCUUGGUUCUCUAUGCUGGUGAUGACUGUUGUCGAGACAAAGGUAUAUAUCCGUGAGGCCAGGUGGUCUGUUCGGUUUGGAGUAAUAUACAGUUUGGUGGGGGGCGUGGUGAUGCUUAAUCUUAUCCUGACUGUGAGAGAGUACUAUGAUGAAUCAGUACUGUAUUUGUACAUCAGCGAGUUUGCUCUCCAGGUAUUGUUUGGAUUGCUGCUGCUGUUUUAUAUUCCUGAUAUGGAUCCUUAUCCCGGCUACUCUCCACUUCGAAGUGAAUCUUUCGACAACACUGCAUAUGAAGAACUUCCUGACGCAGAGCAGAUUUGUCCUGAGAGGCAUGCCAACAUAUUUUCCAGAAUUACUUUUUCAUGGAUGAAUCCUCUAAUGCAACUUGGUUAUAAAAGACCAUUAACAGAGAAGGAUGUGUGGAAACUGGAUACUUGGGAUCGGACUGAAACUCUAAACAAUUCGUUUCAAAAGAGUUGGGCAGAGGAGUCUCAAAGACCUAAACCAUGGCUUUUAAGAGCUUUAAACCGUAGUCUGGGAGGAAGGUUUUGGUGGGGAGGCUUCUGGAAGAUUGGCAAUGAUGCUUCCCAGUUCAUUGGACCACUUAUUCUAAACCAACUCUUACAGUCUAUGCAACGAGGUGAUCCAGCAUGGAUAGGCUACGUCUAUGCAUUCGCGAUUCUUGUUGGAGUGGUGUUUGGUGUUCUCUGUGAAGCUCAGUAUUUUCAGAAUGUCAUGCGUGUAGGAUUUCGCCUGAGGACUACUUUGAUUGCAGCUGUUUUCCGGAAAUCUUUGAGGUUAACCCAUGAAAGUCGGAAAAGUUUUGCAUCAGGAAAGAUAACCAACUUGAUGACAACAGAUUCCGAAGCACUUCAGCAAAUAUGUCAGUCACUUCAUACUAUUUGGUCAGCUCCUCUUCGGAUUAUUGUUGCUUUGGUUCUUCUUUACCAGCUAUUGGGGGUUGCAGCACUUCUUGGUGCACUUAUGUUGGUUCUUAUGUUUCCAGUACAGACAUUUAUAAUAAGCAAGAUGCAGAGACUGACGAAAGAAGGAUUACAGCGAACAGACAAGAGAAUUGGUCUCAUGAAUGAAAUAUUGGCUGCAAUGGACACAGUCAAAUCUUAUGCAUGGGAGAAUAGUUUCCAGUCCAAGGUUCAGGGUGUUCGGAAUGAGGAACUGACUUGGUAUAGGAAAGCACAAUUACUAGCAGCGUUGAAUAGCUUCAUUUUGAACAGUAUUCCUGUUGUGGUGAUUGUGAUCUCAUUUGGCGUAUUCUCCCUACUCGGAGGAGAUCUAACACCAGCUAGGGCAUUUACAUCUCUAUCCUUGUUCGCGGUGUUGCGUUUUCCACUCUUCAUGCUUCCAAAUAUAAUAACACAGAUUGUUAAUGCAAACGUAUCGUUAAAACGUCUAGAAGAGCUUCUCUUAGCUGAAGAGAGAAUACUUCUUCCCAAUCCACCUCUUGAGCCUGGACUUCCGGCAAUUUCAAUCAAGAAUGGAAGCUUUUCAUGGGAAUCAAAGGCAGAGAAACCAACGUUGUCAAAUAUCAAUUUGGAUAUACCAACUGGUAGUUUAGUAGCUAUUGUUGGAGGCACUGGAGAAGGAAAGACAUCGCUAAUCUCUGCAAUGCUUGGAGAGGUUCCUUCCAUUUCUGAUUCGAUGGUUGUCAUAAGAGGAACAGUUGCUUAUGUACCACAAGUUUCAUGGAUUUUUAAUGCAACAGUACGUGAAAAUAUACUGUUUGGUUCUGCAAUUGACGCUGUAAGGUAUGAUAGGGCCAUCGAUGUGACCGCAUUGCGACAUGACCUUGAAUUGCUUCCGGGUGGUGAUUUCACUGAAAUUGGUGAACGGGGUGUCAAUAUUAGUGGAGGGCAGAAGCAGCGAGUUUCCAUGGCUAGGGCUGUUUAUUCUAAUUCCGAUGUUUGCAUAUUUGACGACCCUUUAAGUGCUUUGGAUGCUGAUGUAGGCCGCCAGGUGUUUGAAAGGUGCAUCAAGGGAGAACUGAAAGGAAAAACCAGAGUUUUAGUCACAAACCAGCUACACUUCCUUUCACAAGUAGACAAAAUCAUACUGGUGCAUGAUGGUAUGGUGAAAGAGGAAGGAACCUUUGAAUAUCUCUCAAAUAACGGGGUACUGUUUCAGAAAUUGAUGGAAAAUGCGGGAAAAAUGGAAGAGUAUACAGAAGAAAAGGAAAAUGAUGACACAAAAAAAUCUUCAGAACUUGUUGUUAAUGGUGAGGCCAAUGGGGUAUCUAAAGAAGUCGGAAAAGAUAAGAAAGAAGGAAAAUCUGUUCUUAUUAAGCAAGAGGAACGAGAAACUGGUGUAGUGAGCUGGAAUGUUCUAAUGAGGUACAAAAAUGCCUUGGGAGGUUCUUGGGUGGUUCUGAUUCUAUUUAUGUGCUAUUUCUUGAUUGAAGCUCUGCGUGUUGGGAGUAGCACAUGGUUAAGUUUUUGGACUGAUCAAAGCAGUUCGACGAGAUAUAGCGCUGGCUUUUACAAUCUGAUUUAUUCACUUUUGUCUCUUGGUCAAGUUAUGGUAACUCUGACGAAUUCAUUUUGGCUGAUCACGUCAAGCCUUUAUGCUGCCAGGAGGUUGCAUGAUGCUAUGCUUAAAUCUAUUUUAAGAGCGCCAAUGGUCUUCUUUCACACAAACCCACUUGGAAGGAUUAUCAAUAGGUUUGCCAAGGAUCUGGGGGACAUAGAUAGAAAUGUUGCACCCUUUGUAAGCAUGUUCCUGGGCCAGGUGUUUCAGCUUAUCUCAACAUUUGUCCUAAUUGGUAUAGUGAGUACCAUGUCUUUAUGGGCAAUAAUGCCAUUGUUGGUCGUUUUCUACGGAGCUUAUUUAUAUUAUCAGAGUACUGCUCGUGAGGUGAAGCGCUUGGAUUCCAUCUCCAGAUCUCCUGUCUAUGCACAAUUUAGUGAAGCACUAAAUGGUCUUGCAACUAUUCGUGCAUAUAAAGCUUAUGAUCGAAUGGCCAACAUCAACGGAAAGUCAGUGGAUAAUAAUAUUAGGUUUACACUUGUGACCAUGAGUGGAAAUCGAUGGCUUGCAAUCCGUCUGGAGACUGUAGGGGGUAUUAUGAUCUGGCUUACUGCAACAUUUGCUGUGGUGCAGAAUGGAAGGGCAGAAAACCAGCAGGCCUUUGCCUCAACAAUGGGUUUGCUUCUCAGUUAUGCCCUAAAUAUCACAAGCCUGUUAACUGCUGUACUGAGACUUGCAAGUUUGGCUGAGAAUAGCUUAAAUGCUGUCGAGCGAGUUGGAACAUAUAUAGAGUUACCAUCAGAAGCUCCAGCCAUAAUUGAGGGCAGCCGUCCUCCCCCUGGAUGGCCUUCAGCAGGAUCCAUUCGAUUUGAGAACGUUGUCUUACGUUACAGGCCUGAACUUCCUCCUGUUCUGCAUGGUAUAUCCUUCACAAUUCCUCCGAGUGACAAAGUCGGAGUAGUUGGCAGGACUGGAGCUGGAAAAUCUAGCAUGUUUAAUGCUUUGUUCCGACUUGUGGAACCUGAAAGUGGAAGGAUCUUAAUUGAUGAUUGUGAUGUUUCAAAGUUUGGACUUACAGAUCUCCGGAAGGUUCUUGGUAUUAUACCGCAAGCACCAGUUUUGUUCUCAGGGACUGUAAGAUUUAACCUUGAUCCGUUCAAUGAGCACAAUGAUGCUGACCUCUGGGAGUCUCUAGAGCGGGCGCACCUAAAGGAUGUUAUCAGGAGGAACUCUUUGGGUCUCGAUGCCGAGGUCUCGGAAGCCGGAGAAAAUUUCAGUGUUGGACAAAGACAGCUUUUAAGUCUUGCUCGAGCUUUGCUUCGCCGGUCAAAGAUUCUUGUUCUUGAUGAAGCAACUGCUGCUGUUGAUGUUAGAACUGAUGCUCUUAUUCAGAAAACCAUACGCGAAGAAUUUAAGUCAUGCACUAUGCUCAUUAUUGCUCACCGUUUGAACACUAUUAUCGACUGUGACAGAAUUCUUCUGCUUGAUUCUGGAAAGCUACUAGAAUAUGAUACCCCGGAAGUAUUGUUACAAAAGGAUGGAAGUGCUUUUUCUAGGAUGGUUCAGAGUACAGGAGCUGCAAAUGCUCAAUACUUACGAAGCUUAGUCUUCGGAGGGGAAGAGGGCAACAGUAUAGCAAGGGACAAGCAGCAGUUAGAUGGGCAAAGGAGAUGGCUUGCCUCUUCACGUUGGGCUGCUGCAGCACAGUUUGCACUUGCUGUUACACUUACUUCAUCCCAAAAUGACCUUGUGCAGUUAGAAAUUGAGGAUGAGGAUAAUAUCCUGAAGAAAACAAAGAAUGCCGUAAUCACUCUGCAGGGAGUAUUAGAGGGUAAGCACGACACAGAAAUCGAAGAGACCCUGGAUCAGUACCAGGUUUCCAGAGACAGAUGGUGGUCUUCUUUGUACAAGAUGGUUGAAGGUCUCGCGAUGAUGAGUAAGCUGGGACGCAAUAGACUUGAUCAAGCAGAUGACUUUGACGAAAAAGCAAUUAACUGGGAUCGCGCUGAGAUGUAGAAGUCUUCCAGUCUGUAGCAAAUUAUGGAAUGGGAGUUUUUACUUGUUUUCAUUAUCCUUCAAUAGUUGUUCUGCCCUCCUAACACUAGUUGUAACACUGAUUUUUUAUCCCAUAAACAAAUUUUGCUGCGCCUCUUCUGAAGAUGAUGAGGAUCAGAUUUUGAUUGUAAAAAUUUAGGAAGUGUGAUUGUGAAUGCAAUCAUCACGGAUACGAGGAAAUGACAUUAGAGUGGCUUUUUGUUAUAAGAGAUUUCCAGGUUCUGUGA